UUCAAAUCUGUGGGUUGCAGCCAUCCCGGUAAAUUUAAUCCACCGUCUGUUAUUUGUUAUAAGAUUCCAGAAAUUGUUUAGGGAUUCUCUAAAAGACUGUAUUCACAUAAUUUUCGUAGUCCAUAUCCUGUAAAACUGUUUGCUUGAGUUUUCUGUUUAUUUUUAGUGAUCUUUCACACAGUAAUCUUAUAAUGUCGAAAUAGUAAAUUUUCUAAGUCCAUCUACAAUUCGCGUAAGUAGAACUUUAGCUCCCAUUAUGGUAUUUUAUCUUCUGUCCACCAGAUACAAGGUUAACUGGUCUGAACAUAUAGCUGCUAGUUAACACAGUCUCCCUAUUUUGGGGAAAUUCCAAAAUUUUCAGGGAAAUUUUUGGGAUUUUGUGCUAUUUCGCCAAAAUUGUCUAUAGCGGCUUCCCCAAAACGGAUAAAACUUCCCUCACAUUAAGGAGCUCUGAAAGUAACAGGUCCCGAUCACAUUGGUCCACGCGUAAAUAUGUUCACUAAAGGGCUCUAGUAUUUCUGGAUCUGUGUUGUUUAUGUUUGUACCAGCGUGAAAUAUAGCCUAAAGCUGAUGACGGUGACUUCCCAAGGGCUAUGAACGUUGAUACAUCUGAUUGAGUAGGCUGGAACCCGGAUAUAUUCUGAUAAGCAGAAAAUCAUCUAGCUUCUUCAGGGCCGAAUCAGUUUUCAAGUCACCAAAAUCGAUCAUUCGGUAGCGUGUGCAAAUCCAAGCCUGGCUUUGAUCAUACAGUCUUGUGGCUUGUCGCAGAACUGUUGGAUGCAUUUGCCCAACUUUCAUGUUUCUCGCGAUAUAAGUGUUUUCUGAGUCUCAACCUCAGAAAGUUGGUUGCAUUGGCAACUAAUAUAUUUAGAGGAAAAAUGUUGCAUUUCGGAUCAUAGUAAAUCCAUAUUUAUCGUAAAACUCACUUUAAAAGGAUGUGACCGUGCUUUUGUUUACAACAUUUCUAGGCUGUUAAGUUGUCGUUCCCCAUCAAAUUUUCCUCAACAAUCAAAGGUGGACAAAGUGAACCCCAAAACUACCUUAAUCUUUUUGUUUCCUAAGAUGGGGAGGAAAUUCACCUUUUUGUGUGGAUACUAGGGGUCUUUGUUGUUGGUCAUUGCUUUUGCAUUUAGUUUCAGAUAUUGAUUGUUGAACUGAGUUAAAGUUAGAACCUAUGUCCCACACCAAUUUUUCUGUCAUGUCGUUGAUAAACAGUAGCUUGGUAGGUAAACUUUUAGGUUUUUGAUUCGUAGACCUCUUGUUCAAACCUUCGUCUCUGCUUCACUACCAACACACAAUCAGCACUACUUACCCUCACACAUUGACCCAAAACAAGGACAUAUGCCCUUUUUCGUAUUUGAAUGCCACUCUUAAGUGAGCUUAAAUCUUACCAGUGAGAGAUUCUUCUGUGGUAAGGGUUUUCUUACAAAGCCUUGUCACUACAAUUUUGUCAUGCUUGGCAAUCCAUUUCGGCUACUAUUCAUGCUUCUAUGCCGUUUAUGAUCUACUCAGUUUUACUGGAAUGCUAAUAAACAUUAAGUUAUUCAAACCGAAGUCAGGUUGGUCACAUCAGUUUCUAUAUCAUUAUCAUACUACAAAUUUGUUUUGUAUGUACUUUUACAAUCAUUGAUCCUACUAGUCAGUAAAUUAUUAUUGUGCUUCCAUGCUUCGGGCAUCGCCUUUAUAAAUUUAACUAAUAGUCCUAAACUGUAGUAUAUAAUAAAGUCUGCAGACCGCUUGUCAGUAAAUUUGUCAUGUUAGUUUCUGAAUUUAUGAUCCAUAUUCUUUUGUUUUAACCGUGUAGUCGAUAAUAAACUCAAAUGAGUCUAAUCCAUGAUUCUUCUUUGAGUAAUACUUACCAGAGUUCUAUUAUGUUAAUGUUCAGUCGCCCUGGUAUGGCCGAGAGCGGGGUGGGUUCGCCCUUCCUCUCGAAAUACUCUCACACGGCCGUGCGUAUACAGCCUCUGCCAGGGAAGUCCUACUCACUGCCUUCUCGUGGCGGGGGUGUUGUUUACGAAAAUGAGAGGACGAAAAGCGAAUGUCCGGCGCCUUAACCGGAUUCCAAAUCUAUGGUGCACAUGGGCACCAGUAUCCUGCGGGAACAAAUGGCGUAUGAACCAAUUUUCGGUCACCGGCUACCAUGGGACUGCAUCUCCUUACGAUGCUGCCUUGUGGGUUAGACCUUUAGGUCAAAGGCUCGGGGUGUGGCCCCCUAAGAUAACCACCCGCUUCGGUCUGGGCACCCGGGCAGUAUCGCAGCCCACACGCAAUUAAUGAACUGAAAUUGUGUGGCGCAUAUAUAUUUGGCGCACUCCUGUACCAAUAUAUAUGUGUUCAAAUAAAUAAUAAUCAGCCGCGUUAGUUGCAGCUUUUAUUCUACUAAAGACUAAGAACUACAUUUCAGAGUUCCUCAUGUUGUUGCUAGAUAAUAAAAAAUAUCUGUACAUCAACUCAAUAUUAUGUCUCUAGCGUCCCAGUCACAUGAUAUCCUAUCUGGCCAAUAUUGUUCACUAGUCGUCCUAUAAUCAGUGUGUUGUUUUUAAAGAAGCAAAACAUUUAUCAGCGUUUAAUCAGUCAUUAUCGUUCCAUCUUUCAGUUUCACUAUUUGGUUUUGGUUUUACUAAUUCCUGUGGCACAUUUCUUGCACCAAUUAUUUCUUACCAUCCUGCCAAUAACCGACCUCACAGAGUUUUCGUUUAACAGUUAGUUCAGGCAAAUAUUUUAGUACUUUACCUAUAUUUCACUGCAUGAUAUUCGUAAUACCAAUUUAUUAAGAAACGGGAAUUUUCACCACGAAUUUGUAAUGACCGAGCUAGUCCCGUCUUUAAAUGCGUACUUGACAUCGAAAAACUGGGACAAAUCCAUAACUUCAGGACUAUAAAAGUAGUAGUUUUUUAUUUCUUACAAUCAAAUAAUAAGGUCUCAUUUCGUUUGUGAUAAACACUAAAUAUCGAAAUGUAAUCGUAACGUGACUACGUAGUAUUUUAACUUCAUUUUCUUUUAUUUACCUAGCUGAUGGAUGAAGAACUCAAUGAUUCUGAUAUAUCAUUAGAUGAUUCAGUACAUUCAGGUGAAAACGAUGAACUUGUGAAUUUGUUAGAUGUUCCAUAUACCACUACUGAGUCGCGUGAAGAGGAUUCCCUAGAAUAUGAGAUAUUACAUCCCAACCAAUUAUCACAGUUGAUGUCUGAUAUUACCAAAGAAGUUGAACAAAUAAUUCAGAUUCCUCCGACUUAUUUACGACUAUUACUUGCUCAUUUUAAAUGGGAUAAAGAUGCAUUGAUGGAAUUUUAUUUUGAACAUGGAAAAGCAGAUACAUUUGCUCAAACAGGUAUUUUAGACCCUAUGGAUAUCCCAGUGACAGGAUCAAGGAAUUUGUGUGAAAAGAAAAACGAAAUCGUUUGUGAUAUAUGUUUCCUACCAACUACUCCAAGUCAAAUGUUUGGAUUGUCUUGCGCUCACUACUUUUGUUUAACUUGUUGGCAGCGUUAUCUUAAAAUUAAAAUAAUGGAAGAAAGUCAAAUUGACCGAAUUUAUUGUCCUUCAUCCAAUUGUCGUAUAAUUGUUGAAGAUGAGGUUGUGUUUCAAAUGAUUACUGAUCAAAAUGUACGCAAGCAUUUUCACAAGCUGAUAUCUAGUAGUUUUGUUCUCCAUAAUCGUGCAUUAACUUGGUGUCCAGGUGUUAACUGUGGACAUGCCGUGCGUUGCUUUGGUCCCCGAGAACCAUAUCAAAUCACUUGUACUAACUGUGGUGAAUGCUUUUGUUUUGCCUGUGGUCAACCAUGGCAUGAUCCAGUUCGCUGUGAACAGUUAAGAACAUGGAUUAAAAAGCUUGAAAAUGAUAGCGGUACGCUUGGCUGGAUUGCAGCUAACACUAAAGAGUGUCCAAAAUGUCGUGCAACUAUAGAAAAAAAUGGUGGUUGUAAUCACAUGACCUGUCGGAAUGUUGAUUGUAAGCAUGAAUUUUGUUGGAUGUGUCUAGAUCGAUGGGAGCCCCAUGGAUCACGAUGGUACACAUGCAAUCGUUAUGACGACUCCGCUGCUAAAUUGGCUAGAGAAGCUCAAGCUAGUUCAAGGUUAUCACUUGAUCGCUAUCUUUUUUAUUCAAAUCGUUAUUUAAAUCAUAUGCAGUCGUUGAGGUUUGAGGCACGUCUAUAUGAAACAGUGCAAAGUAAAAUGGAAUCAAUGCAAGCUCAUGGAACAUCUUGGAUAGAUGUUAAAUUUUUCAAAAAAUUAGUUGAAAUUCUUUGUCGCUGUCGAAGAACACUCAUGUAUACUUAUGCUUUUGCUUAUUUCCUAAAAAAAAACAAUCAUUCAUUAAUAUUUGAAAGUAAUCAAAGUGAUUUAGAACAAUCUACAGAACAGUUAUCGGAAUAUCUAGAUCGUGAUUUAUCUAAUAUCAAUUUAAAUGAAUUAAAACAGAAAAUGCAAGAUAAAGCCAGAUAUUGUGAAAGUCGCCGAAAUGUCCUUUUAGAUCACGUACAUGAAGGUUAUGAUAAAGGAUUUUGGGAGCAAUCUGACACUUGUUAGUGUUUGCGUAAAUGUAUGUUCAUCCAUCCACACGCACAUAGACUACCACAGUCUUCGUUUCCAUGUGUAUAGUUCCUAUUUUUGAAUCACUAUGAUCUCGUUGAUAUCAGUUUUUCUAUUUUCCCUCGUUCAUGCGUACCUCAGUAGUUUUGCUUAUGUAUAUGCACUCUCAGUAAUAUCAAUAAAAUAUAAAUGAUGAAGACUUAACCAAACCGGGUCAUCAUUAUGUGUUUAUAGAACUCUCUUUUUUUGUAACCCUAAUCAGCAAUUAUAUACUAUUUGCAUUCCUGAGUCUUGUCAUCCUUUGCAACUUCGUUUUCUAUGUUGUAUUGUUUAUGUAUUCUUCCUUCCCAAGUCAUAUUUCAUUUAUUAAUUAGUUGAAUGGAUUAUUGUCACUUUUAGUAAAGUUCCUAUUAUUAAGAUUACCAUUGUUUUCUCGAAUAACCAUAGCAGCGUACAAACCGAUACAGUUAAAUUGAUAGAAAUUUUCCCAUCUAUUUUGUUUUGCCAUGUACAGUUCUGUUUCUGCUUUUAUUUAUUUGUCUACAUGUUUGCACAACAGUUUUAAGCAUGUUGACACAAAUACAUUUGUAUAACUAUUGUUCUUGUCAAAUACUAUGGUGAAUCUGUCACCCUGGUCAACAUUAGACCAGGAAAGCUGUCUUCAAUUUUUGAUUGUAAAUUGAAUAUUACUUGCAAACAUUCAUAUGUGUAACAUAUGCUGAAGUACACAUAUGACUUGCAUCCCUUGUUAGGAUUCUACGAUUUCUUAUUUGCUUUCUGCCUUCACCCAUGAUUUUUCAUGGCCAUAUGAAGUACUUAGAUUUUAGUUUCCGAUUGCCUGGAUAAUUAACAUUGCAAGAAAGUCAAUGUUUACUCUUUGUUGAGUUUUCUCUAGCGAUGUUUUUUCAACGAAUUAUUUUCUAGUUGCUAGCAAAGCAUUUUUUGUUUCGUUAACUGUUUAUAAGUAACCAAGUGAACUAAGACUAAUAAUCUGGGACUUCCAGUCAUAACCUUUGGAAUACAGCCCAAGAUGAGUGGAUCGCGCUUUCUCGAGAUGAUUCGGAUCUGGCUGUUUCCUGUAACCGAGUUUGUUGUUCUAUGUCAGUUGGGUUCUCUACGGAAUCCGAAUUUGGCUGACGAAAGACACUCGGCCCGUCUACUGGUUACCAAGAUAUUUUGUGGCAUACAAUGACUGAUCUGCUUCUAUCAAUUAGGAAUAACUUCGGGACUGGAUCUUGUGAGCACAUUGUAACGUGGGAUAUGAGGUAGUACUACAAACCUAGCAUAUUUGCGGCAAAUAUGCGGUCUUAUGUAUUGGCUGGGGUAAUUAUUAAGUUCUUCCGCGCUAGUCAUAUAUUUUACACACACAGGUAUCAUUCUACUCAGUUACAGUUGCAUUGUGAGAAAAUUGGUAGUUCGGCCGUAUGGAGAUACAUUCCUCUGGAUAAAUAGGUUAACACACUUGUCUCUGGGCAAUUACUGAGCUUUCGUUUUCUUGAUCAUGGCUUAAGUCCAGCUGAUAUGGAACCAAUUUUUUAGACUAAUACUAAGUGUUUAAUGAUUGGCUUCGAGAGUUGAGAUGGUUUUCAGUUAGUCACAGGAAAACGUGCAAAAACGAAAAGUAGCCUAGGUUAUUGAAAUUAAGUAAUCUCACUCGAGCUUUAGUGAGCAGAAUCAAGAGGCAGUUAUGGCGGGCUUUUCUGUCAGAGUUGGCAGACAAACUUUACUGUAAUUCCUAGUUAUAUCUAUUACUCAGCCGAAGAAAUCCCUAUAAACCUAGCUAAUUAGCUAGGCAUUUAAACACCGUCAUGUCAGCAGGUUGAUAUGGGAGGAGGUCAGACGACUUUGCGUGUACGCAAAAGACUAGCUGAGUCUAUAGCGUAUUAUGCCUUCACAUCUGCUAUUUCCCCCCCUGACAGUAAUCCUUAAUUCCGUGACAUAUACAUUAAAUACCGACAAACUGAUGCACAGAAAAUUCUUUGAUGAGUGUCCUAUCCCUGGAAACACGUGAGGUGUAAGUUUCCAUUAUUCACACUAAAGGAUCGACAGCAACUUGUUUUAUAAGUGUCUAAUUUUCUACAAGUCUAACUAUAUGGGAUUUAGAGGAGCUAAAGGACCUAGAGCCAGCAAAACUUCAUUCUUACGACCUUCUGCUAGCGGAAUCUGUUAUCGAGCAUGUUCUACUGGACACGUCCUUGAAGAUGUACCGUUGGUGCAUCGCGACCUUGAAGUAUUACAAUUUCACUCGUCGGUAAUGAGAAGAAAAAGUAAGCAUUCAAAAUACACGCAAAACUGAAGCCUGAAAUAUACGUGUUUACUAGUACUUGUCACUGUGAUGCUUGUAUAAACUAAUGUUACCUUUGUACUUGAUGGCUUCCUGAUUUCGAAUUCUAAAUACAAUAUGUUCGUUUGUGCUCA